CCGGUGGGUGUAUAAAGGGGGGUGUGGGGGUAAGGCAGCUUUGUCAUUUUGCUCUCAGUCAUCGAGACAAUCACUGGACACACACAUUCCAUUGGGGACAGACUGGUUGUCUACAGAAGAGAAAAGAAGACUGAAGUCUUGUUUGAUUGUCCCGCGAAACUCAAAGAAAGACGGGCACAGAGAGAGAAAGAAAGACAAGAGGCCAGGAAGUCUGAUCAGCCUACCCAGAAAUAGAGACUCAUCCCUGGGGAGAUUGAGGACCAUCCACACCUGAGGACCAAAUCCACUUUCAGCUCCUGGAUCUUUUUUCCCCCAGUUCUGACCCUGGAUCAGGAGCUUUGAUCCAGCCAUGAGGAUCCUCAACGUGCUCUACAUGCUGCUGCUGCUGGUGGCCGUUCUAGGAUCAGUCUCUGCUGCGAGGCCAGGUAAGAAGUAUGAUUUCCUGAAUGUGAGGCGAAAAUACAGACAUCACUGUCCUCACAGACGCUGCAUGCCUCUCCACUCGAGAGUGCCCUUCCCCUGAGGUGUGAGCAUGAAGAUGCUAAGCAGAAAGAGAGGUAGGAGUGUCAAGGGCAGUUGGAGAUCUUUUCCACCUUCCCUCACACCAAGUCACCGGACCAAGGUGACACCAAUAGAAGACUCCCGCAACACCAAAGAAAUGGACUCCAACCUGCCUAGUAACAGUCACAGACUGAGCUUGUAUUUGGUUUGUCCCCUCCCAGCUUCUUGAUGUGAUUGAGCUGGAGACUGGACAAAGAGAGUGACAUGGAUUCUAUAGGCCAUCUGGAAUGUACUCCUCCUUACCUGCCUUCAUGUCCUUCACUGGUGACAAACAAUAGAUCUGUGGACCUGUUCAUAUUCAAAGUCCACAAAAGUACUACUACUUAUGAUAGUCCAAUUAUUCAUAUAAUGUAAAUACACCACCAAUGUGUAUGAAUGGACAUUUGUAUGAAUGUAUCAAGGCAAAUAUGUCAACAAUAUCUCUACAAUGUCACCUACAAAGUGUUUAUAUGUAUGUAAGGCACUUCAAAUGUUUUAAUGAAUGAGUUUUAAUAAAAUUCUGUAUUAUCUUACUG